AUGGCGAUACUCUCUGAUUCCCAAGAUCAAUUACAGCGUGAAUUGACAAAGUUGGACAGAGAUUGCACCCCACUGAACCUGAUCUUCAAACCGGCAAAGUGUGCCAGUUUGGUUCUUGAGAAAGGAAAGGUGAAUGCGGCCGCAGUUAUAAACCUGAAAGGUGUACCGAUCCGGAACAUGGCUUGUUCGGACACCUACAAAUACUUGGGCAUUCAAACGGGUGUCGAGACGAGAACUUCCGAAAUGGACUUGAUCGAAUCGGUCGUUAAAGAGUUUGAGUUGUUAGUGAGAGAUGAGGAACUCACACUACCACAGAAACUAGACUGUAUCAAAUCCUUCAUGCUACCGAAAAUGACGUACAUGUAUGGGAAUUCGAUACCAAAACUGACAGAGUUGAAAUACUUUGCCGGUGAAACAAUGAAAGCGGUAAAAUCAAUACAUGAGAUACCCCAUUCGGGAUCUCCUGUCGAAUACUGUCAAUUGCCGAUUUCAAAAGGUGGAUUGGGUGUUGCGUGCCCAAAAAUCACCGCGUUGAUCACGUAUCUCGUUUCAACAAUGAAGAAACUCUGGUCGGAUGACGAAUACAUAAAGAAACUGUAUUCGGACUAUCUGAAAGAAGUUGUAGUAGCAGAAACGGGUAGACAGGAUGUCACCUUGAGUGACAUGGCUGCUUAUCUCAGCAAUGAGACUCCGUCGAAGAAAAAGAAUUUCGGCUACACAACUUUCACCAGAAUACGUGAAGUGUGCAGAGGAUUAUCGAGCAUCAAAGAUGCCCCGCUGCAUAAAAUCAAAAUUGUUGAGCAUGAGGGAAAGCUAGCAAUUUUGGUACAGGCCAUCGAAGAUGGACCUGAAGCAGUUUACACAGAAAGUCAUGUGAAAAAACUGCAACUAUUGCUGAAAAAAGAGGCGAACACGGGAAUCUUACACAGGUUUAUCACGCAGAAACCAGUGAAAAGUCAAGUCGUUCAAGUGGUACUUCAACACCCUCAGAGCAAUAGUUUCGUGAGAAAUGGAGGACAAAUGAGCUUCUCCGCUCACAAAAUAGUCCACAAAGCUCGAUUGAACUUGCUUGUGUGUAAUGCUAACACAUGGGAUGCAACAAGUACGAAGCAGUGCAGGAGAUGUGUGAAGGAAAAAGAGACGCAAAUGCACAUCCUGCAGGUCUGCACGUAUAAUAAGUCCGGAUUGAUAACCGAAAGACAUAAUGCAGUACACAACAAAGUGAGUGAACUCAUUAAGAAGGGUUCGAAGAGAAACUGGAAGUUGGUAGACGACUCAGUGAUUGCUGGACCCAGUGUGAAAAGACCGGACAUUAUGUUGAGAAGUCCAGAUGGUAAAGAAAUCAUUCUGGCAGACGUAACAUGUCCGUACGAGUGUGGUCUCAAAGGCAUGCAGAGAGCAUGGGACCAUAAAGUCGAAAAGUACACAAAAGCGUACAAAUAUCUCGAAGCACGAGGUAUUAAAGUCACAGUCUUGCCGAUUGUUGUUGGAUCACUGGGAACGUGGUGGAAACCAACAACAAAUAGUCUAGUGCAGCUGGGAAUCGAUCGAAAAACGAUCAAUGAGUGGAUCCCCAAGCUGUGCGCGGCAACUGCCGAAUACAGUAAAAAUAUUUACUGGAGGCACAUUAAAGGUGAUCGUUACCAGAGUAUCCCGAUGAAAUUCGGUCUUGAUAAGCCACCAGGCAACUCUUGGAAGAGGAGGAAGAGGCGCAAGCCUCCGAAACCCGCCAAGAAUUAG